AGCCGUUUCGGGUGGGGAAAACAGUUGACGAUUUUUUUAACCGGAGCAUGUGAGAGAACAGACCUCGAAAAACCUGUGGGGCUCCGAUUUUGGCUGGAAAGUUUGUAAAAAUAAAUUUUACCAAUCCCAAUCCAAGUGUGAAUAGUUCGAAGUGAAUAAUGUGCGUCGACUGAUUAAGUAAUUUCAAGUUGAAUAUAUUGAGGCAACGGUCGAACGAUUGUAUCAAGGUGAUAUAUACUUGUCUCUGAAACGUCGUCGGAUGCUGCGAGCCAGCUUUAUGUGAUCUACAUGAUUCCGAUUGCCUGUCGUCGCCGCCGUCGUCGCCGUCUAAGGUCGUUCUAAUUUCUCCCAUUCAUCUGCAUUCAAAAAGACAAAGACCAAACGGCCGUAUACCUAGGACAAGUUCGUCUAUGCCGACCGCCGCGCUUAAUUACACCAGAAAAUAAUAACCCAACAUCUUGUUGUGUUAACUUGAAGACGGCUUAAGCUAUCAGCGGCGGUCUUUAUUCAACCCAAGUGGUAUCAAUGUUGUCUGGCAAUGGUGUGUAAAGAGAACGUGGUAUCAUGGUUUGGAAAUCUGUCCAGUUAUAAACGUAUCGAUGUGAUGUGUACGCUGCUGAAUAUGUGUUUACCGUUUGAAGUGAGGUACCUUGGCACGUGUGUCGAGGAUCUUGGUAAACGGGAUUACAACGAUCUCCGUGACACGGAACAUAAAGCCAACAAUGCGUCGGACUUAGCGGAACUCACUUCUCUCGGUGUUACCGACAAGAGAACACGCAGGAAACUCUCGCUAUAUAUGGCGCUUUUGCAUUCAUGCAAUUACGCCUGCGCUGUUAUUCUGUACAAUAAUCUCUCGAAUGUAGAUUUUCAAGAAAUAGUCAAUCUCCUGAACGGGGCGACUUUCAUACAGGAUGAUCAGACCCUUGAUGAACUUCUGCUACUUUAUACGAUGGCUCUAAAUCAUCCGGCUUUCACUUACGAGCAGAAAUCCGUUUUUGGAAAUAUUUAUGCCAAACUGCAGGAGGAAGAAGUCAGACUCAAUCCUCCGAAGGCAGCUAUAAACCUUUCCUUCAGAUCCGCACAAGGAUCUGCUCCGUGUGUCACUUCCAAUGAAAAAGUGAUGGACAAUGAACUUCUGACAAAUUGCUUGGUGCCUCCUCCACCAAUGCAGCCAUUUCAUGGUGACAUGUCAGCACGCAGCAACGCAUUAUUGACUGGAUUGCCUCCUGGUCUAACAAUGCCACCACCCGGUCCGUGUUUUCCAGCUCCGGAGCAGAUGUCGAUAGCCUCAAAUGCGGCAGCGCAGUACUUGCAGCUUGGUUUCCCCUCAAUGAAUCACAUGCCGCCAUGGGCAGGUCAGGUCAUGCUGAGCAAUCCAAUGAUGUACCAUCAAGCCGGAGACACACUAGCUUAUUCCUCUUCCCCUUUAGUCAGCCACCAGUCAUCCCCUUCCCAGUCGAGAUCUCCUAGUCGAAGUAACUCCCCGAUGAACAAUCGCAGUCGCAAUCCUCCCCCUCGUACUUCCUCAACCCAGAUAACGCACUGCGCUGCUAGCGCCGUAACGACAUCUGCAAGCACCGGCAGCAGUCAAACCAGCACCUCAAGUUCGCUGCCAUCUCUGCAGCCUGUUAGCAGCACUGUAACUGUGAGCUGCAGCAAGAGUCAAUCCUCAUUGCUGCUUCCUCAGUGGUCCGUUCCUCCCCCCACAGCAGUCAGUGCAACUUCUUCUCUCGGAAAUUCGAGGCAUGGUAACACCGAGGGAUUGACGACAGCUCAGACCUCAGUUACAACAUCUAAACAGACAUCUGCAUCCUCUGCUCGGAUACGGUCAACAGCUUCUGCUGAUUCUUUGCGAGAAACACUCGGCAAGGAAAUGCCCAGUUUUAAGAAUAGUCUUCAGAACUUUUCUAUCGACGAGAUAAGAAGAAUGGGGGAUGACGAGUUAAGGGACUUGGGGUUGCCAUCGAAUGCCGUUGGUCAGCUACGUAGCAUCGUGAAAGGGCAAACUUCCAACGGUUUAAAUCUGCUUCCAUCCGACAAGAAAUUUGAGAGUUUAACCAACACUAUUACUCAUCCUCUUUUAGAUCACGUUGAAAACGAGAUGAUUAGAACAAGCGAGACUGGCACUGGCACAAAAUGCAUCCCGUUACAUCAGCAACAACAGCAAAUUUUGCAUCACCACCACCACAAUCUUGCCAGCUCAAGUGUCAAACGAUAUCCAACCAUCUCACCCAUGGAUCCAUCCCCUAUGCAGAUAUAUCCGCCUCCACCUCCUGUCUAUGCUGCUCAAAAUACUCCAUGCUACGCGUGCCUAACAAUGCCGGUCAAUGGGAUGCAGAAUCGAUAUCCAAGGUACAACGCACAGCAAGUAUGCUGCCUGGCACACCUAGAAGGCUUACGGACGGACCCCGAGAGUAGUCGGCAUUUUUCGCACAGCAGUAGUUCAGAGAGUACAGGCAGUCGAUCUCCACCGGAAACACCACCAGCAGUGCCUUGGGCCGUUGGAGGAGUCGGAGAAUCGUCGGUACCGAACAAUCCGUCGCUGGAUCACACGAAUCCAGGGCUAACUUCUUCCCACCCGACGAGCACGACGCCAGUGUUGUCGAACCACCACCAGGCAGCUCUCCAACAGGGGAUAAAUUUGCCUCAAGUGUCGGAAAAGCAGCAAAGAAACAGUAGAAAGAACCCUGGUCAUUACGUACGUCAUAAAAACCAACACCACAUGAUGAACGGCGGACCACCAAGUAUCCCUCACUGUCUUCCAUUCCCACCGCAAGCUUCCCAUUCACAAAUCACUUAUCUCCAGCACGGUGGGCAUUUUCCAUCCUUGAGACCGGCCGCCGGGAUCUACUCAAACCACAUUUCUCAGCCAGCCUAUGCCCGGCCCACGUAUCCGAUGUACCAGCCCAACGGGGAAGUCGUAUAUCAUUACCAGGCUAAUCACCUGGGUCACCAUCCUGGCUCAGGUGGAACACCGCCGCCAGUCGCACAGCCUCUUUCUCAGACGUCAUACUUGCCGCCGACACCGGUCGUGACUUAUUCCACCGUCGUACCGCCGCCUAAGGUAUCCUGCUACAAUUGCGGGAGCAGCACUCAUCACGCGGCUGAUUGCAAGGACCAAACCAUGGAGGACCUCACCAAGGGAGCCCAGUAUCGACUUGACUACACGAUACUGAAACAACCUGCAGAGUGUCCGAGUUCCGACAAGUGAUCCUCUGUCAAGGGCCACGAUUUUACUACCCGCCAAAACCCUAUUGACAUAAUAAUCCGGCCCUACUACAAUCAAUCAAAAUACGGCUACUGUUCCCAAUUACGCCAAUUUUCGGUAAAUUUUGUAGACUUCAUCUUUAUCCAAGAUAAGACUUUUUUUAAGCUCACAGAUUCCCAGUUUGCUUUACCCCGUACUAUUUUUACAAGUUAUUAUUAUUUAUGAUAGUAAUUAUUAUUAUUAUUAUUAUUAUUAUUAUUAAUAAACAUUAUUGUAUCAAUAUAGCAUUGUGUACAAAGCAAUGGCACAUUAUUCUUAUAGUCCAUGUUUUUUAAUAUAUUUUAAGGGGUAGUAGCUUUUUCUCUUUUCACGUAUAUCAAUGAUUCCUCGCGUAGGUAUAAUUGUAUUGAAGACGCGCACUUGCGCGACGAUUUCAUCAACAAAAUAAUAACUAAUUGGGUGAACAAAAAGUCUUGAAAAACAUUUUCUAGUGACUAGCGUUAAACAAUCUCUCCGACAGUGUGUUUUUUUUUUUUUUUUUCUCUCUUUCUCUUCCCUGGCUGCGGAGUAGAGUACACAUUGUGAUUAUCACAAAUUGCUGCGAUACUUCUUCUAUUAAACUUUCCGUAACACAAAUUAACGUUUCUCUACGCUUAGUAUACUUCUAUUAUAUGUAUAAAAAAUUUCUCGAGACAAUUGUUUGUGUGAAAACCAUAAGUGUUCGAUCAUCUCUUACAUUAUAUUAUAUGAAGCUGCCGUUGCGCUCCUGUGUGUCUAAACUUAAAAAAAAAAAAAAGAACAAAGAAAAACUGGAAAAAAAUUAAUACACUAAAUGCUGCUCACUGCUCAUUCAAUUAAAUUAUCUUUAUUGGUCACCUAGAUAUAUUAUGUGUGUGUGUGUGUAUAUAUAUAUAUAUAUUUUUUUUUUAUAUAUAUAUGUAUAUAUAUACAACUAUGUAGGUAUACAACUAUGAAUAUCGAUGUAUUCUAUAAUUUUCAUCCUUUCUAUAAUAGAUAGGCAAUCACAUGCAUCUUAAGCAAUUUUAUACCAGUUUAUGAAUCAUUGCCCGGAUCUUUUUUGUAAGUAUAGGACGUGUCGUAAUAUAAUUAUGUUAGGAAUUAAAUACAUGAAAAAUACAAAAAAUAUACAUAGAUGUGCGCUAUAUUACGUAUAGAGGCGAAUACUAAUUAAAAUUAUCAAAGUAGAUAUCCUGUUUGUGUUGGGCAUGUUGUUGUUAUUGUUAUUAUUAUUACUAUUACUGUUAUUAUUAAGCUUUAGCUAACAUACAUUUCAACAUUGAAUAUAUAUAUAUAUAGAUAUAAUUAUAACUUAUAAAAUAAUUAUAAAAGUACCCUAUGUAUACAUAGUAUGUACGAAUAGAAAAUAAGUGUAUUGUUGAAACUACGCAUUAUCUUAGCGAAUGAUGCAUUGUAUAGGUGACAUACAAGCAGUUUGAUGUGACAACUUUAAGAAUGAGUAGGCCGUACCGCUGAACAUAACAGUUCAAAAAAUCAUCUCGCAGUUUUAAUUGUUUCUAUGAUGGUGAACACGAAUGAAACAACAUCCGUACUGUGUAAUAGAAACGAUGCAGAGCAAACCCGAACAAAAUUAGCCGUAAUAUAAACAAUUUGGCAAAAGAUCUUAGAAUUAAAAUGUUAAAAAUAAUUGAGCCCUGAUGUUUUCCAUCGAAUUCGAAUGUUUUUGGGUUUUUUUUUUUCUUUAUUUUCCUUUAAAAUAAUUUUACAAGCAGUUAUCUCCACAGUGGAUAAAAAUACAGUUCUUAUGCUAUUCGUGGGGAUCUGGCCAGGGAGGAAGAUGAGCCCGAAAACGUCUGAAUUGCAUCCAAAACAACAGAUUUUAAUAAUUUCGAGCGUUAAAAUUAUAAAAUCUUUUCUCAAAUCGUCGAUGUCUUAGCUUGUGUAAUUGUAAUUCGUCGAGGAUUAUUCCUGUUAGAUAUUUGGGAUAUUGUUUCAUCAGUGUUUACUAUGUCAUUAGUACGAAUAACAGUACUGGAGGUUUUUUUAAACGGUUUUUACUUCUUUUCCCAACUUUUGAUUCGGACGGUAAGGCCCACUCAUCCGCUUGCUGACACGCACUUAUAGUGCACGCAUGUUCUCUAACGACGCUAAAUUAUUUGUUUUUAAUUUAUUCCACUGUGCAGCUAGUCAAGAGUCAAGUAAAAUAUUGUAACGAACAUUUCAAAUUUAGGGAUGCAACGCUCAGUUAUCGUCAGUUUGGCUCCUGGAAGCAUUGUCCUCUGCUAUUAGCUACAUUGCAUUUCUAAAUUCGAACGCGCAUACUGCCAUUUUUUUUUUUCUCUUUCUUUUUCUCCUUCGAUCAUUCCCAGCGCAAUUUUUCAACUAAUGCACGUCUGACACAGUCCAUAAAAUUACUACCUACAGGAGGUUUUUCUCAUAAAAAUGUUUUGGAACAUGGAACUU